AUGUUUCCAAUACCUUCAACAACGCCCCAAAACUUGCAGCUCACAGUACAAACGAUCACCCAACCCCCAGUGUCAUGCAAAAUGACAAGCAACUCCACACUGGAAUGGUUCCACAGCAAACCAGACAAGAAUGCCCAGAACUUCCUGAAGGAGGUAGAUCAUUAUAUAAUCCUCAGCAAUCUAAAGACCAAGGCUGCAAAAACGUACAAACCGCAUUCACCAAUAGAUGGCCAGCAAUCACUAUCACAGAGAAAACAGGCCUCGACUAUCAAUGAGGAAGAACUAGGAAUGCAAGUCGUGGUAGCAGGAGUCCCAACCUGGGCCCACCUACAGUUCCAUGCUUGGUUACAGCAACUUGUUAACAAAGCAGGAAUGAGUGAAACAGCAGGCCUAGUCUACCAAGUCAGAGAGAACCUACCCAUGGUGAUCAAAGAACUCACCACCCCAGGGCUCACAGACUGGGUGAAGUUCCUAGAUGAGAUCAAGGCCCUGAAUAUGAACAAGCUGAGGGAGAAAGCAGAAGCAGGAAGGAAGAAGAGGGAAGUAGAGAAGGUGCAGAAUGCCCAACUAGCCAGGUUGGAAGGAACAUGUCCAGUGCCAGAAGCAUCACAGUUAGUCAUACAAGAAAAGAUAUGGCACAGCAUAGCAGCACAAGAGCUGGGGAAUUUCAAUCGAGGGCUUGCAAUGCAGAUCGACCUGAUGUUUGAGGAUGAAUAUGCGCAACAAUGGGAGCAGGGAAAAGGACAAGGGUUGUCAGUAUAG